GACAUUUUACAUUUUCCUUCUGUAGUAAAUAAACAAGCGCGUGGUAUUUUUGAUCGUCGUUUGCACGUGUGUUCGGUUAGUUUUGGUUCGUUCUAAAAAACUAAAACGAUUUCGAUAUUUUCAAAAAAUGGUAGCUAACAAGCACAGAGCGGGGAAACGGAAGGCGUUUACCCCAUCGGCAUCGGAAAAAGAAAAUCUGAGCGGUCCCAAAUCAAGUCAAAAGACAAUGGAAUCCAUAGACCAGGAAAGUGCCAGCGAUUUUUAUGAAUCGGACGAGGACAACUUGCUCACAAGCAUCAACAACGAAAACGAUGAGGAUAGCUCAGAUUCAGAGGGUGAGAAUAUUGAAUCCGAUGAUGAAGUUCAAAAUUUUGAAAGCGCCGACUCCGAUUUUGAGGAUCAAUCCGCUAACGACGAUAGUGACGCAGAACAAGAAACAGUCGAUUCAGCAGAUGACGUAAACAGCGAUAGUUCUCCUGAAUCGGAAGAGGAGGAAAGUGAUGAUGAGUUGGAGUUUGAGGAAGAUGUAGAAGAACCGGAAAAGCCUAAAGCAUUAGCACAAACAAUGAACAAAUCAUUAUCGAAGGCUACUUCAAGUGGCACAAAUAAGCAAUCACAUGAAAGUGACGAUGAAGAUGACGAGGAAACUUUGAAGCUUCUGGAGGCAGCCAAUAAAGAGGACGAAGAGCUGGUAGAAAUUGAUUCUGCUUUGGGAAAACCAGUUAAAACCAAAGGUGUAGGAAUCUUCCCAACGAAAGAAAAAUCGCGCUUCAAGAAUCAGGACGAGUAUGCUGCUGGAGAUACAUCGGACGAGGAAGAUAUAAGGAACACUGUGGGAAACAUUCCGAUGCACUGGUACGAUGAGUAUAAACACGUUGGAUACGAUUGGGAUGGAAACAAACUGAUCAAACCACCGAAAACUGAUGCCAUCGAUGAUUUCCUGAAAAAGAUGGAAGAUCCCAACUUUUGGCGAACAGUUAAGGAUCCACAAACUGGUCAAAAUGUUGUGCUGAGUGACGAAGACGUUGGGCUCAUCAAGCGUAUUAUGGCUGGGAGAAAUCCGGACGACCAGUACGACGAUUAUCAGCCUUGGAUUGAGUGGUUCACAUCUGAAGUAGAGAAGAUGCCCGUUCGUAAUAUUCCGGAUCACAAGCGCUCAUUUUUGCCAAGCAAAUCGGAGAAGCUAAAAAUCGGUCGCCUUGUGCAUGCACUCAAGAUGGGUUGGGUUAAAACACGUGCCGAGGUAGAAAAGCAAGCCGCUUUGAACAAAGGCCCUAAGUUCUACAUGGUUUGGGACACCGAUCAUGGCAAGGAAGAAAUGCGUCGCAUUCAUGAUCAUGUUGUCGCUCCUAAGAGACCGCUACCGGGACAUGCUGAAUCCUACAAUCCACCACCGGAAUAUUUAUUCAACGAACGAGAACUGGCUGAAUGGAACAGUCACGAGGAAGAACCGUGGAAGAGAAAAUUGCAUUAUAUCCCUCAAAAGUACAAUUCGCUCCGAGAAGUUCCCUACUACGAUAAAUACAUUCGGGAACGGUUUCUACGGUGCUUGGAUCUGUAUUUGUGUCCUCGUGGUAAACGAACUCGGGUUACUGUUGGUCCGGAAUAUCUAAUUCCAAAGCUUCCAUCUCCGAGGGAUUUGCAACCGUUCCCUACGCUUCAGAAUCUGAUUUACAAGGGGCACACCGACAUGAUCCGUUCCAUUAGCAUUGAGCCGAAGGGAGAAUAUCUGGUCACCGGCUCAGACGAUCAGACGGUCAAAAUAUGGGAAGUCUCGACAGCACGUUGCAUCAAAACUAUUCAAACGGGGGACAUCGUUCGCUCGGUUGCAUGGUGUCCGAACAGUAAAAUCUCGUUAGUGGCAGUGGCCUCGGGAAAGCGACUGCUGUUGAUCAAUCCUAAUGUUGGUGACAGUUUAAUCAGUCGAAAAACAGACGAUUUGCUGGCGGAGGCACCAAAGUCCGAAGUAGUUGACAAUGAACGUAUCGCCACUGCCGUCCAGUGGGUGGAAGUUACAGAAGAUGAACGAAAAGCUGGCGUCCGCAUUGUUAUCAAUCAUUUCAAGGACAUUAAACAGGUUACGUGGCAUGGCCGAGGGGAUUACUUUGCCGCUGUCAUGCCGGAAGCUGCCAAUCGUUCAGUGUUGAUUCAUCAGUUGUCCAAACGACGGUCACAAUUGCCAUUUUCGAAGAGCAAGGGGCUGAUUCAGUGUGUGUUGUUCCAUCCGGUGAGACCAUGCUUAUUUGUGGCGACCCAACGCCAUGUUCGAGUGUACGAUUUGGUGAAACAGGAACUGCUGAAGAAGCUGUUCCCCAACUGCAAAUGGAUUUCGAGUAUGGCUAUUCAUCCGAAAGGAGAUAAUUUAUUAGUUGGUACGUACGAGAAGAAAAUGAUGUGGUUCGAUCUGGACCUUUCCACUCGACCUUACCAACAGCUAAAGUUGCACUAUUCGGCUAUUCGAAAUGUUGCUUUUCAUUUGCGUUACCCGCUGUUUGCUUCGGCCAGUGACGAUCGUAGCGUCAUUGUGUCGCAUGGAAUGGUGUACAAUGACCUUCUGCAAAACCCACUGAUUGUUCCUUUAAGACGAUUGGAGCACCACGAAAGAGUAAACGACUUUGGUGCAUUUGAUGUGGUGUUCCAUCCAACUCAGCCGUGGUUGUUUUCUUCAGGUGCUGAUAAUACCGUUCGGUUGUACACGUAAAUGAAAGAGAUAAGAAUUAUGUUUGUAUCAAAUAUUGUUAGAGCAUAGAAGCUCUAAAUUUUUGUAGUUCCGUUUAAGUCAAUUUA